AUGGACUCGUCGUGGGCUUGGCCUCCGAUUCUCGACUCGUCGUGGGCUUGGCCUCCGAUUCUCGACUCGUCGUGGGCUCCGCCUCCGAUUCUCGACUCCUCGUGGGCUCCGCCUCCGAUUCUCGACUCCUCGUGGGCUCCGCCUCCGAUUCUCGACUCCUCGUGGGCUCCGCCUCCGAUUCUCGACUCCUCGUGGGCUCCGCCUCCGAUUCUCGGAUCCACGUGGACUCCUCCUCCGAUUCUCGACUCCUCGUGGGCUCCGCCUCCGAUUCUCGACUCCUCGUGGGCUCCGCCUCCGAUUCUCGACUCCUCGUGGGCUCCGCCUCCGAUUCUCGACUCCUCGUGGGCUCCGCCUCCGAUUCUCGGAUCCACGUGGACUCCUCCUCCGAUUCUUGGCUCCACGCGGACUCCUCCUCCGAUUCUUGGCUCCACGCGGACUCCUCCUCCGAUUCUUGGCUCCACGCGGACUCCUCCUCCGAUUCUUGGCUCCACGCGGGCUCCUCCUCCGAUUCUUGGCUCCACGCGGGCUCCACGCGGGCUCCUCCUCCGAUUCUCGGAUCCACGUGGACUCCUCCUCCGAUUCUCGACUCCUCGUGGGCUCCGCCUCCGAUUCUCGGAUCCACGUGGACUCCUCCUCCGAUUCUUGGCUCCACGCGGACUCCUCCUCCGAUUCUUGGCUCCACGCGGACUCCUCCUCCGAUUCUUGGCUCCACGCGGGCUCCUCCUCCGGUUCUUGGCGCGGGCUCCUCCGCAAGUUCUCGGUCCGAUUCUUGACUCAUCCAGGACUCCUUCUCCGAUUCUCGGAUCCACGUGA